GUAAGUGUGAAAAGAGAGAAUUCAAGAAAUGGCAGAAGUAGCGCCAGCUCCCGCCGCAGCCGUCCCGGCGAAGGCUCCCAAGAAGAAAGCUGCAAGCAAGCCCAGGCCAGCGGGGCCCAGCGUUGGAGAAUUGAUCGUGAAGACAGUUGCUGCUUCCAAGGAGAGGAGCGGAGUGUCCCUGGCUGCCUUGAAGAAAUCUCUGGCUGCCAACGGCUACGACGUGGUGAAAAACAAUUCGCGGGUAAAGUUGGCAGUUUGUAACCUGGUGGCCAAGCAGACCCUGCUUCAAGUUAAGGGAACCGGGGCCUCUGGCUCAUUUAAGCUUAACAAGAAGCAGGCGCUUGAGAAGAAGCCUGCUAAGAAAGCGGCCCCUAAGGUUAAGAAGGCCGCUGCGGCCAAAAAGGCGGUAGCAAAGAAGACUCCGGUGAAAAAGUCGCUGAAGAAAGCCGCUAAACCUAAGGUGAAGAAGAGCCCGAAGAAGGCCAAGAAGACAACAGCGGCUAAGACGCCAGCAGUGGCCAAGAAGUCAGCAAAGGCUAAGAAGCCAGCAAAGAGUCCGAAGAAAACAAAGAAACUGGCGACGGCGCCAAAGAAGGUGAGCAAGAGUGCUAAGAAAACAAAGGCAGCCAAGCCACAAGUUGCCAAACCCAAGAGCACUAAAGGCAAGAAAGCUGCUCCGAAGAAGAAGUGAGAACGUGUACCUACUGUUCGGUCAUUUGACAAGCAUAAAAGGCUCUUUUAAGAGCCAUCCAAACUUUCUUGGACGUGCAAGUUAUUUCCAUUUUUAUUCCUGCUUCUAGUUUAAAAUCCAUGAUUACAAGCAGGCGUUCACAUGGAAUAUAAAUUGAUCAUGUUUUUAUAUGGGCAUAAAGUUCGAUUUUAGAUGGUGCAAU